CGGUGUUUGUUAUCUUUUAAAUAUUGAUAGGUGCUAGUCGCACAACAGUCUGUAGCCAAGGAAGGGGGAGUUGUUGGUGGUGGUGGUAGUUGGUGGUGGUUGUUGGUUGUAUUGUUGGUAGUGGUUGUUGUAGGUGGUAGUUGGUGGUGUUAUUGUUGUUGGUUGUUGUUGGUGGUGGUUGUUGUAGGUGGUGGUAGUUGGUUGUUGUUGGUAGUUGGUGUUAUUGUUGGUGGUGGUUGUUGGUGGUAGGUGGUGGUAGUUGGUGGUGGUUGUUAUUGUUGGUGGUGGUUGUUGUAGGUGGUGGUAGUUGUUGGUAGUUGGUGGUGGUUGUUAUUGUUGGUGGUGGUUGUUGUAGGUGGUGGUAGUUGUUGGUAGUUGGUGGUAGUUGUUGGUAGUUGGUGGUGGUUGUUAUUGUUGGCGGUGGUUGUUGUAGGUGGUGGUAGUUGUUGGUAGUUGGUGGUGGUUGUUGGUGUUAUUGUUGGCGGUGUUUGUUGUUGUCGGUGGUUGUUGUUGGUGGUUGUUGUUGGUGGUGGUUGUUGGUGUUGUUACACGAGACAAGAUGCCGCGGAAGACGCCUCUGAAGGUGUCUGUGGAUGUGACCGUCCAUGCCGUGACAUGCCCUGGCGCAGUGCUCAUAGGGAGCGAGCGCGUCUACAUGAGCGUCUGCGUGCUCGGAUGCUAUGCCAAGACCCGGGCCAUCGAGCCCGGCUUCCCACUGCUCUUCCGACAGACGCUGCACGUGUGUAAGGUCUUGGAAGGAGUUGAUGACUUGGAAGACCUCACGGAUUUAUUUGAAGCCGAGGACAUCACGUUUGAGCUGGUUCAACUUUGCCCCCCAGCCGGCGAGACUCUGGCGACGUACACAGAGGCCGCGUCGUCGCUGCUCGUCCCUGGGCCUCUCCGUGAGGUGCUCAUGACCAGAUCAGCAGAGUUCUCGGGCCUCUCUCCCAGGCUGGACUUCUCUGCCCGCGUUCUUGUCGUGGAGUCUCGCAGGGACGGCACACAGAGGGAAACGGGCUCAGCAGCGGCACAGGACUGGUCGACAGGCCGCUCGUCGCCACCGCCGUCGUGGUCGUCACCAGCGGCGCCACCGAAUCCCGGCACUCGGCGAGCGCAGAGCCCCGGUUACCGCGAGCCCACGGAGGCGUGGCGCGCUCGCUGCCCUUCUCCCUACACCGAGCGGCGGAUGUGCGAGCGAUCGGCCGGCUUCGGCAGCUGCCCAACGGGCGGCAGAGGAGCGGCGGGACGGGGAGGAGGAGGUGGAGGAGGAGGAAGCCAGAGGAUGCCCCACCUGGGCCUCGGGCCGUGGCACUUUGCGUCGCCGCUCAGGGACCCACCCGCGUUCGUUGUGCGGCGAGUGGACGGUUUGGCAAAAACCACUCCGCCAAAGUCCCCCGCAGUGGAACGCGCGCUGCAAACUUCCCACUCCCCACGCUCGCAAAUCCUGGACGACACUUCCCUCCGUGGCAGCUACAGACCGAGUCGAGACGCGUCUCAGAGUGAGGGCCGGCGGCGCCGUCCGGAGGCGGCGGCGGCCGCGAGGGUCUCGUGGGGCCGGACCCCGACGAGGGGACGGGGGCAGGAGGAGGGCGGCGGUGGUGGCGGCGAGGUGCGGGGGGGUUCCCUCCGGACGCCACGGGGACACCGCGAUCCCCACACGGCGGACAGCAGCUGCCGAUGCGAUCCCUCGUGGAGCAUCGAUUCGUGGGAGCUCGUGCACAAGCGCGUGAAGGGGCUGCUGAAAUCCAACAGAGCUCGCCGCACACUGCACUUCGGCUCGGGUGGAGAGGAUGACGAGGUGGGGGAGGAGAAGAGCCAUUGCGUGGGAUCAGCUGCGCGGGCACUCCACAGACUCUCGCUUGCAAGAAGCAGCAGCGGUGGUGCCGACUCGUCGGAGGCGAAGGCUGCGUCCGCCACCGGCUGCGAUGGCGCCGAGUGGCUCGAGCUGUGGCGGUCGCGUGCCAAUUCGCUGCGAGCUGCGGAGCCUCACCGCGCCUCGCUCCACCAGGAGAUGGGGCGCGUUUACCGCGAUCUUUACCGUGACGCGAAGGCCGGGCCUGUGACGGCGGCGGCCGCUUCGAUGUGAUGGAGCGAGCGGCGAGGACGAAGACACGGGGGGGACCUCCCCAACCGAACCGGCAACAAGACGGAUCCUGUAGCCGUAUCGUGGUGCCACCACCGGGGCUUCGUAGCAGCUGGGUUGGUGACCCAGUAAAAUAUUUCCGCACAUGGCACACCACAUUCAGAAUACCUCUCUGUAUGGGCUGCUGCUAUUAGUCCGCUACAAAUACUCGGUAAAACAUUUUAUUUGUAUAUAUCUUUUUUUUAUUUUAAUCUUCACUGCGUCGAUGACCGUGGCACUUU